AUGGCCAACGAAACGGCAAACAGCAAUAAUACUCGGGACGACGCAGGUACCAAUAUGUACAAUGAUAAGUGGUUCUUUCCAGAAGAGCUAAGACACGGCCUGGAAACCUUUGACCUCCCGGACAGAAUCAUCGAUGAGAGUCUUGCUUGCGCCUGGGAGUAUUCUAGAUGUGUUAUACCCGAGUGGACCAAUUGGGAUAGAUACUUGGCUUUCAAUCGAACUAUCAUAAUUGCUAUCAUCGCUGAAUUUCGCGGCGACUUGAUCCCAGAGGACAGUAGUAAAGAUGUUGUCGGUUAUGAUUUGGAGGAGCUUCUCAGCACUCUAUUUAGUGGAACUCCAAUGCACGAGGAUAUGUCCCGCGAGUUUAGGGCAUUUUUGCUCAUAUCGGCGGAGAAAUCCAGCAAGAGACUGGACUCUGAACUCUUCAGUCGCUAUCUGAACGCCCUGGUAAAGUCUCCACAGGGCUGGUUUCGCCUCCGCGAUUGUGACGCACUAGCUCGGUAUACGAUUGCCAGCGCGCUGGCAUGCAACGAUUUCAACGACAUCCUAUUCAGCGAGGAUCAGUGGCAGCUUAUCGCAGAGCUGAGCAAUACCCUUUAUGACGCCGUGGCCUUUUACAAGCACCGAGCCGAGGGCGAGACGAAUAGCACUUUCGGAUACGUUGGGGGCGAGACGCGGGUAGAGAGCUAUCGGCUAUACCGAGAGGUUCUCUGGGCGCUGGAUGUUGCAUGGGCGCGCGAUCCGGCGAAACGCUGCGUCCUUAAUUUCACCAGAUUCUUCGGAGGCCCAAUCCACAUGACAACGCGAAGGUAUCGGUUCGUAGAGGACGGGUUGGUCAUCGGAAAGCCAGAGACCGAGGGAGUGGUGAAAUUGGCCCGCGACAACGUCAAACUCUGGAACAGGGUCGAAGAAAUUGCUACACAGCCGGUCAAAGAUGAACGCUACGCGGAAGUUAUUGCGCAGUCCGAUAAGCUUAUGUUUCCUGGAUUCUGUGGCCUUCUACAAAGCAGUGCCAAGAAGCAUUGUCCUCGUUGCUCUCACGCAGCUUCCAAUAGCUCCAAAGCCAUUAAGCAGUUCGGGGGCGUUCGACUGUGUGACGAGUGCAAAGAAGAAUGGCGGUCAUAUAUGCGGGCAUUUCCUGUGCGAUUUGUGGCCGCUUUCCCAGAAAUCGUACAGAUCAGUCCUAGCCUCAUCGCGAACAGUAAGAAAAUAAAUGUCGAAGUGCCGGCGUCUAUUGAUAUUUCUGCUGGUUUAAAGAUGCUGAAAGUAUCCGAAGUUGGAGAUAUGUAUAAUAGUGAUUAG